AUACACCUCCUUGGUAGUUGGUAACGUGCUUCAACUUUUCUGACGGAAACUACACCAACGCAUAGCCUGUGAUAAAAAAAAAACACCAACGCAUAGCCACAACCACCGACCACCAUGACGGCGACCAGCACCUCCGCAGCACCAACGACAACUACCAUAACUCGUAAGUCGAUGACGGAAGAUUCGAAGCUAGUUCAAAGUAGAACUUCAAUCUCUUUGGCGUUAACACCAAUCAAUCAUGCAUACUACUACUUCAAUGCGUACUUUUUCAAGGUAGAGAAAAAGUUUCUCAUUACCUAUUCAUCUCCAUCUUCAAAAAUUAGAAAUUAAAGAAAAAAAAAAAAUCUGAAUCUACCGAUUCAUCUCCAUCUUGUUCUUCAUCAGUUAAAAAGGCGAAGAUACACAUGGCUUCAAAGAGAACUGCUUUGGAUUUGAACUGGCCACCAAUCUUGGAUGAAAAGCUGCUGCGGGUGUUCAUAAGAUGCCAAGAAGGAAGCAUCCCACCGCAACGAUGUGCACAACACAAUAUUUUGAAAUAAAGCUAGAGAUGAGUUUAACAACUUCGUCCGAGUCAAUUUUCCUUACUUGGGUGAGAUAGAUGUUGCAACUUUGGGGGACAGACUCAAGUUCUUAAGGCGCCACUCUACGGUAUCUAAUAUAUCUAUCUAACUUUUCAUCACUGGCAUCUGAGGAAGUUUACACGUUUUUAACAUGAUAUUAUGUGUUUAAAUUGCAUUUUGAUGUGAUAAUUGUAUGUGUGGACCACUUAAAAAUGCUUACAAGUGAUUAUAGAGUUAGGUCCUUCCUUUAUUAAUAUAAAUGAUUUUGUUGUGGUGGGAGGUUUCGUUCAUGCACAUGCAAGAUUAGGUAUAAGUCAAAUGUAGCACAACCUAUGACCUAUAAAGCCAUAAUGCAAGAUUGCUUUACUUGGAUAAGAUGACAACUAAUCUAUUAAAUAUAAUUUAUGGAGUCCAUUAUAAUUAGCUGUUAAUUGAAUCUUGGCUGAUCAAGUUUGGUGCUUACUGCUUAUAUGAAUACCAUCCAUGCAGUCAGUUUGUUUUACAUAGCACCUUAUGAUGGAUGACUUUUGAUGAGUUAGGGGAGGUUAAAUUGCUUAGAAAUGGUUGUGAGUGGACUGUAUGCUUUUAGUUUCAGAAUGGAGUGACUAACAUGAUGCCCCUGUUUUCAAGUGUGAUAGAUACGUCAGUUUGGAAUGUUGAUGUUUUUGUAAUUGUAUUCUACCAGUCUCACUCUAGCAGAGAAAUCACGGUAAUGGUCCACCAACUAUUUACGAUGCUAUCUAUGGUAAUCCCCCACAAAUUUUCAAAACAACGUGGUGGAAAUACAGAAUAUAGUAACAUAGAAUUUAGUUCUGGUAGUGGCCGAUUUUCAAGAGGAGAACAAGAACUCCAAUUUCUCCUAAAGAAUCAUUCCCCUUCAUUUCAUCCAAUCUAGCAAUGGUUUAUUAAUUAAAAAGAAAUGAAAUUUCCAUCUUCAUAAUUUAUACUGGAAUGAAAAGGAAAGCAAAAAUCUUCAGAUCUAAAAGAAAACCUCUCUUUGCAUAAAUUAAUUUCACACAUCCUUUCUCCCUCUAAAAGAAAAUUACUAUAUGUUUGUACAAGAUUAAUUCUUUAAAAAAAUUUAUACAUUUGAGAGUGGGGGACUCAGAUUUUUAACUUAGAUGAGGUUUGGUUGUGUUUACUUCAAAUUUGAGGAAAAUUGGAAGUGAUUAGAACAUGAAUUAUAAGAGCUUCAAGAAAGAGUCAGGAUUGUCCGAUGGCAGCGGAGUUGGGAGACAACGCGGUGGUGAACUUUUCCCCGGCUGCAACGCUCGGUUUGCACGAUUGAUGAAAACAGAUGGGGAAGACAAAAAGGAGUUUUUUCAAAUAAAAUAAAAAGUUGUGAUCUAGUGUAGAAUACCGUAUGUGAUCUUGAUUGAUCUAAUGGUUCUCAUUGUUUUUAAAACUAGUCAACCGGUGUGGGACCUAACCCACUCCCUCACCCUAGACGUCGCCUUAAUAAGAUAACAUUUUUCUUUCUAGUUUUCUAGUUCCUUUUUCAACUCUUCUCCACCACUCAAUCGUAGCCUCUGUUUUUUCUGAAUAAAAAAAUUGGAAAAUGUAUAUUAUUAAAAUAUAACUCUUCCUUAACUCGUGUCUUUUUGUUUAUUGCUUUGUAUGUACUUUCAUAAAAAUAUAUUGUUUGUUUUUGUUUUUGAAUUCAGAUCAUUUUUCAGCACAAAAUCCAUGGAAAAUUCAGAAAGAGUAAAAGAACUAAAAGCUUUUGAUGAAACAAAACUUGGUGUUAAAGGACUUGUUGAUGCUGGGAUUACAAAGAUCCCUCAAAUGUUCAUUCAUCCACAUGAUAACACCAAGAAGAUAUCAAAUUCAAGUGACACAACAAUUCCUCUGAUAGAUCUUGCAAAUAUUCACGACGAUCCAUCUGCACGCAGAAGGGUUGUCGAAAGUGUUAGAUAUGCAUCAGAGACAUUUGGAUUUUUUCAUAUUAUAAAUCAUGGCAUUCCAGUGAGUACUAUGAAGGAAAUGAAAGAAGGGGUGUUAAAUUUUAAUGAGCAAGAUAGUGAGGUGAAGAAGAAAUUUUAUACUCGUGAACCAAAACCUUUCAUGUAUUUUAGUAAUAUUACUCUGUUUAACUCAACUACAGCUACUUGGAAAGAUUCUUUCCUUUGCAAUAUGGCUCCUGUUCCUCCUAAACCAGAAGACCUGCCAGAAAUAUGCAGGGACAUACUGUUGGAAUACUUGAACCAAGUAAUGAAACUGGGGACAUUAUUGUUUGAGUUACUAUCAGAAGCUCUUGGUCUCAAUCCAAAUUAUUUAAAGGAUAUUGGUUGCACUGAAGGCUUUUAUGCUUUUGGCCAAUACUAUCCAAAAUGUCCUCAACCAGAAUUAACUUCGGGAGCUCUUAAACAUGCCGAUGGCGUUUUCUUGACAGUUCUUCUACAAGAUCAUGUAGGAGGUCUACAACUUCUUCAUAAGGACAGAUGGAUUGAUAUAACUCCUAUACCCGAGGCUCUAAUUAUAAACAUCGGAGAUCUUCUGCAGCUUAUCACAAAUGAUAAAUUCAAGAGUGCUCAUCAUAGAGUAUUGUCUAAUGCUGAAAGUACAAGAGUCUCUAUGGCAAGCUUUUUUAGCACUAUUCAUCAUCCAUCUACAAGAACUUUUGGUCCCAUCAAGGAACUAUUAUCUGAAGAAAACCCUGCAAAAUAUAGGGAAACUUCAGUUACAGAAUUUUUAGUCCAUUACACAACAAAAUGCAAGGGUACUUCUCCUAUGUUGCACUAUUUCAGGAUUUAAAUAGCACAAUGGCUGAAACUCUGAAACUUUUAUUGGCUUAAUUUCUUGAGACAGAAUAAGGAAAAAUAUUUGGUGAA